CGAAGAGGAGUGAGGAUCUCUGGUGAAGGAACAAUUUUGAUUUCAACCUCGUUGGAGACCAACGUGGCGGGAAAUUCUUCUCCUCCUUGGUGAUCCACAGUUCCUCCUCUUCUCCUUCUUCUCCUCCUCUUCCUCUCCUUCUUCUCCUCCUCUGGGUCCACAGUUCAGGGACUGAAGAGACAAAUCACCACCAAGAACAGAAAAGCUUCCGUUUCUUUGAUGGGAUUUGGUUUGUGCAGCUUUUUUUAUUUUUUUAUCUUGUGGCAGUCUUCUCCUCCUGUGGACCUUCUGGAGGAUUAACUGAAGGAUUUUUGUGAAUCAAGAAUUCAUUUUGUUCCUUUUUUUGUCCCGACUCUGUUCUCUGUCGUCCAGCUGCGUCUUUGCUCGUGGGCUCCUCGGCAGUCUCUGGAGGCUGAAGAAGCUGCAGAGGGUUUUUCCUCAGCUGGUCUGGGAUUUCCUGCAGGAUUACAGGAAGACUUUGCGUGUUGCUCACAGGAAACUUUCUCAAACAUGGACUUCUGUUUCUGGAUCUGGACUCUCCGGCCGAGCCGACAGACCCCCGGAGGCUGCUGAUCGGGAUGCUGCAGCGGAGCGAGCCGCCAGCGGAUGAAGUGAGGAUGGUUGUGAUGGUUGUGAUGGUUGUGCCAUGCUGAGAGGGAGGUUAUCUCCGGCCUCUCUGUAUCUGUGCCUCGUCUGUCUGCUCGGCCUGCCAACGCAACCCGCCGCCAAACCCUGCAGAACCGAGGAUCUCCUCACAAGGCUCAACAAAACCAUCAUUAACACCACCCUGCAGGACUUGACAAGCAGACUGUACACACCUACCCGCGAAGACUUCCAGCAGAAAUGUCCCCGCUCCACCCUCAGAUGUUUAUCUGCAGAGAUACAUGUCCUGUUUGAAGAGUGGAAGACCAUUACUGUUCAGGCUCCCGGUGAACUCAGAAUGAAAUCCAUGCUUGAAAAACUACAGCUUUAUUUCAGCGAGAAGGAGCCAAUGUGUCGCAAGUGUGAACUCCUCCAAGAGAAAAAUGCAGAAGAGUUCCUCAAACAACUUCACGAAAUUAUUCAAAUGGCUAACAUGAUUUGCAGCAAGGACUUUUAAAAAGACACUCUAUUAUAAGUUUUCCUCGUCAUGAACUUUUCAUAUCACCUGGGCACAGGUGUUGCAUUUUCUGAACAUUUUUUAGUUCAGGUGGGUGAAGAGAGAACUUUCAGGGCAGAAAAACAUGGAGGUGGAAUCUCUGUGAUCAACUGCAGGAUCAAAUGAGAUCCAAGUCAAGAUUGGACAAAUAGACAGAAGCCUGGAUAAGAAAACUACAACUGGAACAUUAGAGUGUGAUGAAUAACCUGUACAUUCUUAUGUCAACAUGCUAUGAAACACAUCCUCUUUAUCUCUUAGUUUUCUUGAUGAAACAAAAAGUGUCAACAAAUAAACA